AUGUCAAGCAAUACAAUUGCCAAAGACAUGUCCACCACUGCUAAUAGCGAUGGCCGUGGAAAAGAGCCCCCCACCAACGAUUCUCCCCGCGAAAGAGAUCCGGUUGUCGUCAGCCAGCAAGACGUCGACGACACGACGUACUUCUACAACACCAACAAGGGCAACGUUCGGCCUCUCACUCCUGAAAUUGAAGGCAAAAUCAUCCGUCGCAACUUUUGGUUCCUCCUCGGGCAGACAUGGUGGAUAUCCUUCUUGAUCCACCUUGACAAGUCGUCGCUAUCGUCUGCCAGCACCAUGGGUAUCUUCAACGAUGUCGAUAUGACAAAGAAUGAGUACAAUGUACUCUUCACGCUGUUUUAUGUCGGCUACUUAAUCGCUCUCUGGCCUGGUGCUUGGCUCUCUCAACGAGUUGGCCACAAACAAUUCAUCACUGCUUCGCUUUUCCUCUGGGCUGUUUUGAUAGGUGUCCAUCCAGCUGUCCGGACAGGCAGGCAGCUGAUGGCUGUACGCUUCCUCCUAGGCAUGACAGAGUCACAGGUCGUGCCGUCCACUGCGAUCCUCCACCAGGCAUUCUUUCCCCCGAAGAAGAGCCCCUGGGUCCAGCUGCUAUGGUGGACGGCUGGAAGCUUAGCAAAUGUCCUUCUUACUAUGGUUGCCUACAAGCUUCUCAAAGAUGAAAGCGCGGGUGUUCUUGCUAGCAGUAUUUCCUCCUGGAAAUGGCUUCACAUUAUGUGUGCUAUUAUAACAUUUGCGAUCUUUGUCCCACUUGUAUUAUUCCUCCCUAAUUCGCCUGUAGAGGCAAAGUGGCUUUCGACGGAGCAAAAGGUCCAUACGAUCGAAAUCAUUCGCAAAACACGCGCAGGGAUUACAAAUUCGACAUUCAAGUGGUCCCAGGUGCGUGAAUGCUUUACCGAUGUCAAGACUUGGUUAUUUAUAUUCCACAUGUUCUUUAAUGAGCUUCCAAGCAAUACCUCAGCACAGGUACCCCUUAUUAUUGUGGGGUUUGGAUUUACCCCUGCUCAGAGUGCUCUUUUCAACGUUGCGAAGCCUCUUUGGGGCUGUGUAUUGCUCCUUGUUUCAGCCGCGAUGCUAUAUGGCACAGACCUUGGUACGGGCUACACGUGUGCAAUAUCUUAUCUUCCCUGCAUUAUUGGAGGUAUUAUUGAGCUCUCUUCCCCAUGGUCAAACAAAGUAGCCUUGGUCGUGGGAACACAAAUCUCAUCCUUCAAGCCAUCCUAUCUUCUCGGCCUUUCGUGGGCUGGAACGACUACAACAGGACAUACCAAGAAGAUCUGUCUCAUGUCCUCGUGUGUCGUGGCUGCAGCUGUCGCCAAUAUGAUUUCACCAGAAUUCUGGCAGUCCAAGUAUAGCCCGCGAUACGUGCUGCCCUGGUCCUUCAUGACGGCCUUUUGGAUAAUCUCUCCGGCUAUGUGUCUUAUCAUUCGCUUUUACCUUGACCGCGAAAACCGACGUCGGAAGCAACUCCUUGCUGAGCAGGGCGACGAAUCGGAAAGAGACGAAGUGAUCGAUACGGGGACUGAGAUUGUAAAGGUCAAAGAUUCAGAUUUAGAUCGGACGGACCGACAGAAUCUGGAAUUCGUCUAUCCUCUGUAG